AUGUUGAUGAAUAAACAACAAUUUUUUGGAAUAUAUCUGGUAUAUAACAGCUUUAGGAAGGAGUAUAAGUAUUUUUUUUAUUUGCAUGCGAUUUCAUUAUAUUUGAGAAGCAAAACGUUUACUAUGAUAAAAACUCAAAUAAUCAUUUACGAAAAUAUGGAUUAUUAUCUUCUACAUUCAAUAAGUAAAGAUUGCCAAGUAUUAACAAAAAAACUGACACAGCACGAUCAACAGGAGAAGAAUAAUCAGCUCUUUGGCAUACUACGAUUGUAUGUUUUCUGUCCAUAUAAUGGCUGUCUGGAUAAUAAUGAACCCAUAAUCAUGCAUAUUACUCUACUCGUAACAUGGAGUAUCCACAUGGAUACGAUAGUGUGUGUCAGAAUACUUAUGAACAUUCUUUCUUCUGAUCCUACAAAAGUUGAGGCAGUUUACAGUACUGCUACCAAAUGCAUUCUUUAA